AUGCAACGACAGGUCCAGAGCUCCUUUGACAUGUGGCACGACUACUUUGACCUGGGCAGGGUGCUGGAGACGCUGCAUAACCAGGAUGAUGGGGGACUCACACACACCGAGGGCCCCGACAAGGAAGCAGCAUCCUCCUGGAGCCACGUCCAAAAAACUUCCCAGAGAGGGGAGCAUAAACACUCCACAGAGUCCAGCAGCCUGUCGGACACCAGCUGCAGCGCCGGGACCCCCACUGGAUACUGCAGAUUCUGUAAGCAGAACGGGGAGUCUGAGAUGGUGUACCGGUCACACAUGCUGAAAUCAGACGAGGGGAAAGUGAUCUGCCCCAUCCUGAGGAAAUACACCUGCCCCAUGUGUGGGGCCAGCGGGGACCAGGCGCACACACGCGGCUACUGCCCGCAGAAUCAGCAGAGAGAGGCGGCCGGGAUGCGGCAGGGCCCCCGGGUGUAGAGACGGGACACUGCUCAUGUUUACAGAGACUGUUAAAGGUUCCCAACAAGUUUGGAUUGAUUUUGUGCAGAUAUUUUAAAACUGCAAAACUAGAGCUGUUUUUGUUUCAGGAAUCAGGAAUGAUCUGGGAACAGUUAGUCAUGUUCCUUGACUGACGACGCUGUUCAUAACGUGUUCAUGAGUUCAUGUUCACAGAGACUGUUGCAGUUUGUGUUUUCAAACCUUGGAACAUUUUUCUAUUACAAGGUUUUUAUAACUGCAAAACUAACGCUCUGUUUUAAAUCAUCAGGAAUAAAUAGGGGGAAAGUUAGUCAAGUGUUUGCAUUCAAAAUGGAAAAGGAAAGCUACACGGAUAACAAACUACAGAAACACUCCAAGACCAAAGCAUGUCCAUGUGUUCAUGUUGACAAAGAAAGUGUUAGACGUUGUUGUUGUUGUUGUUUAUAAAACGUGUUAUUGUUCUUCUGUUGUUCAAAACUUUGGAAAAAAAUGAAAAUCACUUUUUGUUGUUUGUUUACAU